CGAUAUUUGGACUUAGCUUGCACUGAGGCAUUUGAUGGAACGACUCGGAGUAGGGUUUCGGAUUCUUCGUCGAAGCUGCUGCCGCCGCAGCUGACUCUUGCGUUUGCGGUUUUAAUUGACUGCCCCGAGGAGCUUGGAUCUCCGUCACGACUCCCGAUCUCCUGUCGUCGUACUCUUCUGAUCUAGUUCAAAUGAGGGCGCCUUCACUCCUUGCGCAAUGCUUACCGGCGUUGGUGCCACAUGACAAAGUUAGCCAGACUGGUGUUUCUGUCGUCUCUGAGAGGGAUUUACACCUUCCCUCUCCUGCUGUCGAGGUUAUUCCUUCUAAGAAUGCUCAUCCAUACAAAUAUGCUGGGGAAAAUGUUGAUCUACAAGGGCUUAAACUUUUCAAGGGAAGAAUUAGUGUUACAGACAUGAUUGGGUUUUCAAGUUUUGAGACAUCAUCAUCCAAACCUGAUGGAUCCCUUAAGUGUUGGGAGAAUUCAACAGAUCUUGUAAGUAUUCUUAAGCUAGAGAUUCGUGACGGGCUUCUAAGUUUUAGAAGCAAAAGGAUUCUAGAGCUUGGUUGUGGUUAUGGUUUGGCUGGAACUUUUGCUUGCCUUAAGGGUGCUUCUACAGUUCAUUUUCAUGAUCUGAAUGCAGAAACUAUAAGAUGUGCAACCAUACCAAAUGUCCUUGCGAAUCUUGAGCAGGCUAGGGACAAGCAGAGUCGCCAAUCCGAGAGCCCUCUCACUCCGUCACGGCAGCAGUUGACUUCUGAUGUCCAUUUCUAUGCUGGGGACUGGGAGGAACUCCAUACGGUCUUAUCUGUAGUAAGGGUGGAAGGUGUUGACUUAUCACAGGGGGUUAGCCUUAGCUUCUCUGAGGAUGACUUUAUAGAGGCAUGCAGUAGUCAUGAUGAGAGUGGCCUUGCUCAUGAAGCUUGUUCAAGGCAGUCAAGAAAGCUUUCUGGAAGUCGGGCUUGGGAAAGAGGUAGCGAGACAGACCCAGGAGAUGGUGGCUAUGAUGUCAUUUUGAUCACUGAGAUUCCUCCAUCAGUAAAUUCCUUGAAGAAGUUAUAUGCACUCAUAACAAAGUGUUUACGACCACCAUAUGGAGUCUUGUAUUUGGCUGUGAAGAAGAACUUUAUAGGUUCCAACGGUAUUGUGCGGCAGCUACGAGCUAUGGUGGAUGAGGAAGGUAUUUUUGGCAUCCACAUCAUUACUGACGUUGUGGACAGGGAGAUCUGGAAAUUCUUUUUCAAGUGAUCAUAAUAUUAAGAUCAAUUUCGUUUCAAGUGUACAUGUCUAGUAUUCUUUUUUUAUUUUACUUUAUUUUAUUUUUUGCAAAAUAAGUCUCAGAAAUUCUGGACCUAUAUGAGCUGUGGUGGGAAAAGCUACAAUGCUGCCAUUUUGUAGAUGACAAGUUGUUCUGUGAUUUGUUUAUUCUUGUUCAAUUUCUGUUGUCAAAUCUAAUUGUUAUAAGAUUUCACCACGCGAGUUGUGGGUUUAAUGUAUGACUGUAUUUUGUUCAUCCAAAUUCAGUUGCUCUAUAAUUCCUUGAA